ACUAUUUCAGCUCGCUCGCUUCCUUUAAGACUUUUCCACCAGGUUAUAGCGGUUGUUAUUGUUGAGGAUGGCUCGAGCUGGGAUUAUAUUCUUGAUUCUCUAUGAAAUAUGUUCUGCUGAAACUGUAGGAAAUACAGAACCGUCGGUUGUCUCAGUUAAAGUUGGAGAAUCGGUUACUCUAAACUGCACAUCUGCACUUAUAGAUAAGUCUAUAGCUGCAUACUGGUUUAAGCAUAGACUGGAGCACAAACCACAGGAAGUGGGAUAUAAGCUCGGGGAAAAGAAGGAGUCUCAUAAUAAUUUUAAAAGAUUUGAGUUGAAGGAAGUUGGCAGUGGGGUUUCUCUCAGUAUUAAACAGGUUCAGAAAGAAGAUGAAGGAAUGUACUUCUGUGGAUCGGUUGAAAAGAGCACUGUGACCUUUUCUACUGGAACUUUCUUAGCUGUGUCAGAUCCUUCAGACAUCUCAGUUCUCCAAACUCCAGCACUGCAGUCGGUUCCUCCAGGAGAAGCAGUGAAUCUUCAGUGUACGGUUCUCUCUGAGAUCAGAUCAGCAGAACUGAGAGUGUUCUGGAUCAGAUCUGCUGCAGGAUCAUCCUUUCCUGAAAUCAUCUUCACUCAUCACAACAGCAGCAGCAGCAGCAGCAGCCGUCAGUGUGAGAUCAGCUCUUCUAAACACAGCAGUGUGUACAACUUCUCCCCCAACAUCCCCAACAUCCACCAUGCUGCAACUUACUACUGCGCUGUGGAGGCCUGUGGAAGGAUCAUCAUUGGAAACGGGACACCAGUAGAAAUAAGUAAGAUUUUACUACUAAAUAAGCACACACACAUUCACUUACUCACUAUUAGUGAGGACAGUUCUAGGGAAUUCUAAGCCUAAGCAGUGA